CUCCGAUUAUUCCAUUUGAAAAGGUAAAUGAUCGAGUCGCCGCUGCUACAGGCAUAUCACUGCGCACAGUGACAAGAAUUAUAGGGGAAAGGAAGAUUGGCCGAAGCUUCAUCAAGUAAAAUUGUUACACCAGGGAAGAACAGGAAAAAAAGGAAAGACAAAAUAUUGAUGGAUGAUUUUGAUAUAGGUGUUUUGCGGCGUAAAAUCCAUGAAUUUUAUACUAUGAAAAAGGAAAUUCCUACAGUGAAUAAAUUAUAUUGUGCUCUUAAGGAAGACAUUGGAUUUAAAGGCAGUCGAGAAAUUCUCAGACAACACAUUAAAAAGAUUGGUUUCCGAUUCAAGAAGUCAAAAAGUAAUAGAAAGGUUUUGAUUGAAAGAAAUGAUAUAUCUGCUUGGCGAGCUAAAUACCUGCAGGUUUUAAAGGACAAUGAUGAGACACAUAAACUUCCAGUUGUGUACUUAGAGACAUACAUUCAGUCUGGUCUAACUUUUGGAAUGUUGAAAUGUUGGCAGAAUGAUGAUGGCACAGAUGGUGUACUGAAUCCUAUAUCUAAAGGGCAAAGGCUUAUAAUAGUCCAUGCUGGCGGUGAGCAAGGCUUUGUGGAGAAUGCCUGCUUGGUGUUUAAAUCACAAACAAAAAGUGGAGAUCAUCAUGAUGACAUGAAUCACUCAAAUUUCAAAAAAUGGGUUACUGAAAAGUUAGCACCCAAUUUAAACCAACCGAGUCUUAUUGUGAUGGAUAAUGCUCCAUAUCACAAUACAAGCAUAAACAAAGCACCUAACACAAAUUCAAGAAAGGGAGUAAUACAGGAAUGGUUAUCAAGAAAUCAUAUUGAAUAUUCACCACAAUAUACAAUACCACAAUUAUUGGAAAUUGUAAAAAGAAAUAAGCCGGAACCUGUUUAUGCUAUUGACGCCAUUUUAAAAGGAUUAGGCCACAAGGUAUUGCGUUUACCUCCAUAUCAUUGUGAUCUCAACCCCAUUGAAAUGGUCUGGGCUUCAAUGAAACGCAAAGUGGCUAUGGUGAACAUUAGGAAACUGGCUAAUGAAAUGCCAAGUAUGGACAAGUUCAGAGUCAAGUAAUCUUAGGACAAGCGUCGUCCACACAGCAUUUACUGCCUACAAUAAUACAGCAAGACUGUUCAGGUAAAUAAUUUUUAAAACUUAUUUACUUAGUUACUUUAUUUACUUAGAUUUUUGUAAUGGCCCAUCAUUUAUUUUGUAGUAUGUGAGUCAGCAAAGUUAGGGAGUAGCACACCUGAUGAUGGCGGGCUUUGAUGUAAUAUUACAACACACAUAAGAAAUUAGAAAGGUCUUUAUUUAACAAACAUUAACCAUAAAUGUGACAGUAAUUUUAUAACAGCAGAUUAAUGCAUGACAUGACAUAAGACUAUUUAGCCAAAUGUCUUUUUGGAUGAAGGCUGCAUUGGUACCUGAUAGGAUUGAGAAUAGCUAAUGUCCGUGUGGGAAUUAAAUUUUGAAUAUAUUUUUAUUCA